AUGGCUGUGAUUUUGAAUGAGUUUGAAACCAGUUCGGAGGGUACUGCGCACAGUGAAGAACAAGACAGUGCCAGCUGGGAGUGGUACUUGGAAAGGAAAAGCCUUGUGCUGCAGUUCCUGAACUCCAACCUGAGCCUCCACCGCCUUCAGCACCACCAGAGCAAAGUUGAGCUUCUGAAGAAGUGUUACUUUUACUUGGAGAUUGAGCCCAAACACGUGAACGUGAGAGACCAGAACCACGUGAUGCAUCGCACUGACAUCUUGCAACUAAUAGACACCUACCAAUUCCAGAGGAUGAAGAAGGUGGGAAAAACCCAGACUGAAAUCCAGCUGUCACUUUUAACUGAGCUGUUAGAACAGCUGGAACAAGGUCAGGAGGAGCUGAGUUGUUACGUAGAGACCUCUGACAUGAUAACGUUCCUCUCCUUGUGGGACUUGAUUAUGCAGAGACUGUCCAAGCUCUCCGAGUUUAUGGAAACUCUCCUUUCCUUGCAAGUGCCAGGAAAGCUCUAUGUCAAGCAUCGUUUGGUGUCACAUGCAGAUCUUAGAGGUACUAGACUUCCCAACAUUAGGCUUUCUCUCUGUACAAAGAUACCACUGAUUUUUGAUCGAGAAGAAUCAUUUGCACACAAGAACUGGGCCAAGCUCAAGUGGUUUACCGAAAAUCAAGAGCCACACCUCGAACAAUAUGAACUGCAUGUUAAGUUACUGACAAAUGGGAGACAGACAGAAGUGGGAUACGGUAGGACUCAGGCAGUCACCUCCAACACAUGUGUAGUCCAGGACCUGCACCCUGGCAGAUCAUACGAAUUCACAAUUAGAAGAUCACACACUGACACACUUGUCUGUGAGAGAUGGUACGACAGCAUUACACUGAAGACAAAAACUAACGCUGUUGAAAACACAGAUGGCAGCUCUUGUGCACUAGAAUGA